UAGCAGCCGGGGAGCUGGGCAUGCUCAGUAAGCCCGGGCUGCUUUUGGGGCGCAAGCCGGCCGCUUUGGCUCCGCACGGGGCCGUGGGGGGGAGGGAGCCGUCGGCUGCGCGGGGGCACUGCCCGCUGCCACCCCGCCUGCAGCUUCUAGGCGAUGGGCAAAGUUUCCGGCGUCUCGCACGCACCGAGCGAGCGCCCGGGGUCCAGCGGGGGUGCUGCAAUGGUGGCUGCGGCAGUCGGGGGGCCGCCGCCACGGCCACGGCCACUGGUCCCUUCCCUGUAGCCGGUGACCAACAGGCAGCGGCAGCGGCGGCGGCAGCAGCAUCCAACCUGCUCAUUCCUGCAGCGAGAGGGAGAGAGAGCGAGCGAGAGGAGGAGAGGGAGGGAGAGAGGAGGGAGUCUGUCUGCAAAGUGCUGCUCCCUGGUGCUCAGAGGCGGCUGCUCCAUCUCCAACUCUCAUUCAUUUCUCCGGUUAACAUGAGAGAUCAUGGCCGCCUUCGGGCUUCUCAGUUAUGAGCAGAGACCUCUGAAACGACCCCGACUAGGGCCGCCUGACGUCUACCCCCAGGACCCAAAGCAGAAGGAGGAUGAACUCACUGCAGUGAAUGUAAAGCAAGGCUUCAAUAAUCAACCUGCUUUCUCUGGUGAUGAGCAUGGCUCUGCUAAGAAUAUUGUCAUUAACCCAUCCAAGAUUGGAGCUUAUUUUAGCAGCAUAUUAGCAGAGAAAUUGAAGCUAAAUACUUUCCAGGACACAGGAAAGAAGAAGCCACAAGUUAAUGCUAAAGAUAAUUAUUGGCUGGUGACUGCUCGAUCCCAGAGUGCAAUUCACAAUUGGUUCUCAGAUUUAGCAGGAAAUAAACCACUUGCUAACUUAGCAAAAAAGGAGCUGCUUACCCUGGCCAAAUCAGGUGUUGUUCAGGUUCCUAUCCUCAGCAAAAAAGAGGAUGUUUUUGCAUAUUUAGCAAAAUAUUCAGUGCCAUUGCUUCGAGCAGCAUGGCUGAUCAAGAUGACGUGUGCCUACUAUUCUGCUAUUUCUGAGGCUAAGAUUAAGAAACGUCAGGCAACUGAUCCAAAUAUGGAAUGGACCCAAAUCUCCACCAGAUACCUUCGAGAACAAUUGGCAAAGAUUGCUGAUUUUUAUCACUUGGCCUCAGCUCCAGGCAAUGGCUCCAUGGUUAUGCCUCAAGAUGUGGAACAAGCAUUGAAACAGUGGGAGUACAAUGAAAAACUGGCAUUCUAUAUGUUCCAGGAAGGAAUGCUUGAACGGCAUGAAUACUUGACCUGGAUCCUAGAUGUCCUGGAAAAAAUCAGACCAGUGGAUGAUGAUCUUCUGAAACUACUACUACCACUAAUGCUGCAGUAUUCAGAAGAGUUUGUUCAGUCAGCUUAUCUGUCCCGCCGUCUCGCUUACUUCUGUGCCCGGCGCCUCUCUCUCCUGCUGAACGACAGUCCUAAUCUCUUAGCUGCACACUCACCUCACAUGAUGAUCGGCCCAAACAAUCCAGGUCUGUCAGCAUCAAGCCCUGCUGCCCCUGGGCCAGUAAUGAGCCCAGUGCAGCUGUCCGGAUCGGACUUACUGUCCUGCCCACAGCAUCGUCCGCUGGUUUAUGGACUUAGUUGCAUGCUGCAGACUGUAACUCUUUGUUGCCCAAGUGCCUUGGUGUGGAAUUAUUCCACAAAUGAAAAUAAAAGCGUUAACCCGGGCUCUCCUCUGGAUUUACUUCAAGUUGCUCCUUCCAGUUUGCCUAUGCCAGGUGGAAAUUCAGCAUUUAAUCAACAGGUUCGGGCAAAGAUCUAUGAGGUGGAGCAGCAGAUAAAGCGUCGGGGCCGGGCCGUAGAGGUUCGAUGGUCUUUUGACAAAUGCCAAGAAUCAACAGCAGGGGUCACUAUCAGUAGGGUCUUGCACACUCUGGAAGUCUUAGAUCGCCAUUGUUUUGACAGAUCUGAUUCCAGCAAUUCAAUGGAGACACUUUAUCACAAAAUUUUCUGGGCCACCCAGAACAAGGACAACCAAGAGGUGGCUCCAAAUGAUGAAGCUGUGGUGACUCUGCUGUGUGAGUGGGCUGUGAGCUGUAAAAGGUCUGGGAAACAUCGAGCCAUGGCCGUAGCCAAGCUUUUGGAGAAGAGGCAGGCUGAAAUUGAGGCAGAACGUUGUGGUGAAUCAGAAGUUUUAGAUGAGAAGGAAUCUCUUUCUUCAGCCUCUCUUGCUGGGUCCAGCCUGCCUGUAUUUCAGAAUGUCCUACUUAGAUUUUUAGACACCCAAGCUCCCUCACUGUCUGACCCAAAUAGUGAAUAUGAAAAGAUAGAAUUCGUGAAUCUGGUGCUGCUAUUUUGUGAGUUUAUCCGGCAUGAUGUUUUCUCCCAUGACGCAUACAUGUGCACGUUGAUAUCUCGAGGGGACUUGUCCCUUAGUGCCACGACUCGGCCGCGGUCUCCACCUGGGGAAAAUCUGGAUGAACAUUAUUCAAAAGACAACGAUGUGAAAUUAGAGGAACAUAACAUUAUGGAACAUAUGGGCAUUGACUCAGGAACCGCUAAUAUUUUUGAUGACGUAGACAAGAGUGACUUUAAAACUGACUUUGGUUCAGAAUUUCCAAUUUUUUCUCCUAUGCCUGGAGAGUCCUGUGAGAAUGCCAACUCAUCUUUAGACCGAAGAAUUUCAGUGAAUAGUGAGAAGAUGGUGAAAAGAGAAAAACAGAGGGAAUUAAUAUUCCCAUCCAAUUAUGACCUCCUCCGGCACCUGCAAUACGCCACACAUUUCCCUAUACCUCUGGAUGAAUCUUCAAGUCAUGAAUGUAACCAGCGUACGAUUCUGCUCUAUGGGGUUGGGAAAGAGCGUGAUGAGGCAAGACAUCAGCUGAAGAAAAUUACUAGAGAUAUCCUGAAAAUCCUUAACAAGAAGAGCACGCCUGAAUGUGGGGUUGAAGAUGAAGGACAAAAAGCCAGGAAAAGCAAACAAGAGACCUUUCCUACGCUGGAGACUGUAUUUACGAAACUACAACUCCUCUCGUAUUUUGACCAACAUCAAGUCACAUCUCAGAUCUCUAGCAAUGUACUAGAACAGAUAACCAGCUUUGCUUCAGGAACAUCCUACCAUCUUCCCUUGGCACAUCACAUUCAACUCAUCUUUGAUCUUAUGGAGCCAGCCUUGAACAUCAAUGGGCUAAUUGACUUUGCAAUACAGCUUCUCAAUGAGUUGAGUGUGGUCGAGGCAGAAUUGCUUCUGAAAUCCUCCAGUUUGGCAGGAAGCUACACAACAGGCUUAUGUGUGUGCAUUGUGGCUGUGCUGAGGCGCUACCAUGCCUGUCUCAUCCUGAAUCCAGACCAGACUGCCCAAGUGUUUGAAGGAUUGUGUGGUGUUGUUAAGCAUGUGGUCAACCCGUCAGAAUGUUCCUCUCCCGAAAGAUGCAUCUUAGCCUACCUCUAUGAUCUUUACGUGUCAUGUAGCCAUCUAAGAAGUAAAUUCGGAGACCUCUUCAGUAGUGCCUGUUCAAAAGUAAAGCAGACCAUCUACAGCAAUGUGCAGCCUUCAAAUUCCAACUUAUUAUGGGACCCCGAGUUCAUGUUGGAUUUCAUCGAGAAUCCUUCUGCUCAUAAUGUCAAUUAUUCCAUGCUGGGCAAAAUACUCAGUGACAAUGCAGCUAACCGCUAUAGCUUUGUGUGUAAUGCACUCAUGAAUGUAUGUAUGGGGCAUCAGGAUGCAGAGAGAAUUAAUGACAUUGCCAACCUUUGUGCUGAGUUGACGGCUUGCUGUACUGUGCUCAGCUCAGAGUGGUUAGGCGUCCUCAAAGCCCUUUGCUGCUCUUCCAAUCAUGUUUGGGGUUUCAAUGAUCUCCUUUGCAGUGUGGAUGUCAGUGACCUCUCAUUCCAUGAUUCACUGGCCACCUUCAUUGCUAUUCUGAUAGCCCGGCAAUGUUUUUCCCUGGAGGAUGUUGUCCAGCAUGUGGCACUUCCUUCACUGCUUGCAGCAGCUUGUGGAGAUCCAGAUGCUGAGCCUGGAGCAAGAAUGACAUGCCGACUUUUGCUUCAUCUUUUCCGAACCCCGCAGGUCUGUUUGUUACCUCAAGCGACAGGGAAGCCUUUCCCUGGAAUUCGUUCUUCUUGUGAUCGUCACCUUUUAGCUGCUGCUCACAACAGCAUAGAAGUGGGAGCUGUCUUUGCUGUCUUAAAAGCAAUUCUCAUGCUUGGAGAUGCUGAAAUUGGUAGCAACAGUAACGCUAACGCCUUAAAAAGUGAGGACUUCACUAUGAGGGGCUUACUUGACGACAUGAAUGAUGAGGAUAUUUGGAGUGCCUCACAAUCCAUGAAACCGUGUGGGAAAGUGGUUUCCAUAGAAACCGCCAGUUUGAGCGAAUAUGCUCGCUACGUCCUACGAACGAUCUGCCAGCAGGAAUGGGUUGGAGAACAUUGUUUGAAAGAGCCUGAGAGAUUGUGUACGGACAAGGACCUUAUACUGGACCCUGUUCUUUCACACAAACAAGCGCAGAAAUUGCUACAGCUGAUCUGUUAUCCUCAUGGCAUCAAAGAAUGUACAGAGGGUGAUGAUGUCCAAAGACAACAUAUUAAGCGCAUCCUUCAGAAUCUAGACCAAUGGACUCUCAGACAGUCCUGGCUGGAACUCCAGUUAAUGAUCAAACAAUGCAUGAAGGAGCCUGGUUCUGGGUCUGUGGCUGAAAUGAACUGCUUGUUGGAUAAUAUUGCAAAGACGACAAUAGAAGUGUUUCAACAAUCCGCUGACUUAAACAAUAACUCUUCUAACUCUGGUAUAGGCCUCUUCAAUCCAAAUGCUAUUGGAAAUGGCGACACAAGUAACACAAGGCAGAAUGGUAAAAAGGCAUUCUUAAGUUCUUCUGAACGCAGGGGUGUGUGGCUGGUAGCACCCCUCAUUGCAAAGCUGCCCACUUCCGUUCAAGGUAGGGUGCUAAAAGCUGCUGGGGAAGAACUGGAGAAAGGACAGCACUUGGGAUCUUCCUCAAAGAAGGAAAGAGAUAGACAAAAGCAAAAAAGUAUGUCUCUCUUAAGUCAGCAACCUUUCCUCUCAUUGGUACUUACCUGCCUUAAAGGACAAGAUGAGCAACGAGAAGGACUGCUAACAUCCCUGCAAAACCAAGUUAAUCAGAUUUUAAGCAACUGGAGAGAAGAACGUUACCAGGAUGAUAUUAAAGCAAGGCAAAUGAUGCACGAGGCGUUACAACUCCGUCUUAAUUUGGUAGGAGGAAUGUUUGACACUGUGCAAAGAAGUACCCAGUGGACCACAGACUGGGCACUUCUGCUCCUUCAGAUAAUUACAUCAGGAACUGUUGACAUGCAGACUAACAAUGAAUUGUUCACCACAGUUCUUGACAUGCUGGGUGUCCUGAUCAAUGGAACCUUAGCCUCUGACCUGUCAAGCUCCUCUCAGGGUGGAGCUGAAGAAAACAAAAGGGCCUACAUGAAUCUCGUGAAGAAAUUAAAAAAAGAGCUUGGUGACAAGCGGUCAGAGAGUAUCGACAAAGUUCGCCAGCUGCUGCCUUUGCCCAAGCAGACCUGUGAUGUCAUCACUUGUGAGCCGAUGGGAUCCUUGAUUGACACAAAAGGCAACAAAAUCGCAGGAUUUGACUCCAUAGAUAAGAAACAGGCAAGAGGUCUCCAAGUGUCCACGAAACAGAAAGUAUCCCCAUGGGACUUAUUUGAGGGUCACAAAAAUCCAGCUCCACUCUCCUGGGCCUGGUUUGGGACUGUUCGAGUGGACAGAAAAGUGAUCAAGUAUGAGGAACAGCAUCAUCUUCUCCUCUACCACACCCACCCUACCCCCAAACCCCGAAGCUACUACCUCGAGCCUCUCCCUCUGCCUCCUGAGGAGGAAGAUGAAGAGCCAGCCACACCAGUCUCUCAGGAACCAGAAAGGAAAUCAGCUGAGCUGUCAGAUCAGGGAAAAACUACAGCCGAUGAGGAGAAGAAAACAAAGGGAAGGAAGCGAAAGACAAAAUCAAAUUCAAGAGUUGAUGAAUAUCCACAGAACAACAUAUAUCGAGUGCCUCCCAACUACUCACCAAUUUCCUCACAAAUGAUGCACCACCCUCAGUCGGCUUUGUGGGGCUAUAACAUCAUGGGACAACCGCAACAGCCCGGCUUCUUCCUGCAGAAUCAGUCACUUGCACCAGGUGGCUCCAGACUGGAUCCCACGGGUUCAUUUGUCCCCACCAACACAAAGCAAGCCCUCUCAAACAUGUUGCAGAGGCGUUCGGGUACCAUGAUGCAACCUCCCUCCAUCCAUGCAAUCACAUCCCAGCAGCAGCUGAUUCAGAUGAAACUCAUGCAGCAGCAGCAACAGCAGCAGCAGCAGCAACAGCGACUCCUCAGACAGCAAGCCCAGACAAGACCUUUCCAGCAGGACUUCUGUAACUCUGCCGUGCCCCUUCAGGAUGGCUUUGACAACAUAAUGGGUCAGCCCCUAGACCAGGCUGCCAUUUUUCCUCCACAAGUACGACCAUCGUCCCAACUUCCUCAGUAUUCAGGGUUGCAACAGGCACAGGCAAUGCCUCAUGGAUAUACCAUGUAUAGUACUCAGAUGCCUCUCCAACCACAGCAACAGGCUGGUGGGGUGGUCCUCUCCCCCGGCUACAAUCCGAGAACAUAUCCAGCCACACAUUCCAACCCAGCACUGAUGGAGAGGCUCCGGCAGAUGCAGCAGCAACCGCCAAGUGGGUACAUCCAGCAGCAGGCCGCCGCCGCCGCCGCCUACCUUCAGCCCCUGCCAGGAUCUCAAAGACUUACCCAUCAACCUUUACAACAAAGUCCUUUGGUUGGCGGGGGACUGGAUGCCGUAUUGACCACUGCACCCCAUCCAAACCUCAAUUCUGUGCCAUUGCCUCAAGACCAGAUGAGACAGAGACAGCAGCAAAUCAGACAACAGAGGCUCCUUCAGUUACAGCAGCAACAGCAGCAGCAGCCCCAACAGCAGCAACAGCAGCAGCAGCCGCAACAACAGCAACAGCAGCAGCAGCAGCCCCAACAACAGCAGCAGCAGCAGCAGCAACAGCAGCAGCCUCAAGGUCAGCAGACACUGGGACUCCAACCAAUGCAGCCACAGCAACCUUUGAUGAGGACACUGAGACUCAGAAAGAUAGAGGCCCAGGGCCACACAGCUAUUCCCCAGGCAAGGCUUACAACAAACACAGCAGCAACAGCAGACUGCAGCAUUAGUCCGCCAACUCCAGAAGCAGCUUUCUAGUAACCAGCCGCAACAAGGAGUAACUCCAUAUGGGCAUCCUUCACACUUUUGAAACGUGGCCGAAGAAAUGAUACCUAGUUUGAUGUUUGCACUGAAGAAUAGCAAAUCAAAUCCAAUGCACUAGUUAUUCUUAUAAAUUUUCAUUUUUUUUCUAUGGUUUAUUUUUGCCUCAAUUUUUUUUUUUUUUUUUUUUUUUUUUUUUUUUUUGGUACUACACCUAAUGAAGCUUUAACAAAAAGCAGAAAGACGCUUUUGUUUGGGUUUGUUGCAUUCAGCUUUAAAAUCAUUUCCUGAGUUUGCUUCAUCUGGGCAAACUUCCAAGAAGAGUUCUGUGGGGAAGCAUUUGAAAUUGGUGCUUUUCUGAAUCUUCGCAUUUCAAAAAGAAUGAAGAAUCCUGGAUCUUACCUUUUUAUUUAUUAGUAGCAAAGCAUUUUGGGAGGAGCUGCGCUGGACCAAAUUGCUCAGUUGAAAGGCGGGACAGAUUUUGAGAUGCAGGUUGACUUGCUCAUUAAGUGCUCACCUCUCACAUCCUUUAACAGUGAAAAGGACAUUUCUAUUCAUUUUAAAUGUUUGUAAUUUCAUAAGCACUUUAUAAACUUUUGUUGUUGUUGUUGUGAUUCAAUGACAGAAUUUUGUUCACUCACUUUCCUUGUGGUCAGAAGGUGCUGAAAACAGUUUCUUGCUUAUAUUUAAAUUUCCUAGGAGUUACGAUAAAGCUGCAAGCUGAGGUUCUUAAACCUCAUUAGCGGUAACUGUGUUCUAAAAUUGCUUUCAAGUGGGAAUCUCCAUGACAAGGGGAUUUUAGAGAUGGACAGAGUAUCAUUUCCAAAGGCCUGGAUUUACCACAAUGGAAUCACUAUUAUUUCAUGCGUGAGCCGGCAAGAUGACUGGCUAAGUUCUUUCCUAAAUUUACCAGCUUAACAAAAGUCCCCUGUCCCCAUCCUAGGCAAGUUCUUCAGAGCUGUUCUGAAGCUUUGUAGUGCUCAGCCGUGGCACAGUUUCCCCAGAAUCUGGCCCUAAGGCCCCCAAAGCUAUCCCUCUCAUAAGAUAUACUUAGCUGUUUUGUUUCGUUUUGGUUUUUUGUAUGGUAAGUAUUUGCUCUUUUGAACUUAAUUAUUAUCGUUAGUGUCAGUCCUGGUUGUGUAUUGCCUAUACUGUAUUUAUAAAUCGGUGCAAAAAAAGCACAAGUAAAUUAUACAUGAGAUUUAUUAUAGAGAAAUAAUAACUAUUUUAACUUUGUUCAAGUAUGUGGUAAUUUGCUCAUAUUAGAGUAAAAAUUACGGUAAAUGAUUAUCAGUUUGUGUAACUUAAGAGUAUUCCAUAUGAUAUUUUUUUAGAAUUAGAUGCACAAAUUUUGAAUGUGAAAAUUGCAGGGCAUUUUAAAAACAUAUGGGGAUAUUUUCCCUGGUCUGUAUUCAUUCUUUUUUUUUUUUCCCUUUUGCUAUAUGAUUUUACAUGUACAAUAAUCAAACAUACUGUGAAUAGAUGUCUAUACUGAGCAAACUGCAUAGAGCGGCAUUUUCCCAUGAAUGCCCCUAAUUCCACAGUAGGUGGUGAUUUUGUUUUAAAAUGCAUUCUCUAGGUGAUUUGUAUUUUAUGUGUGAGUGACUCAUUGCACAUUUUGACAAAUGCAAAUAACCUCCGAUUCACAUCUGCUUACUUUUGCCGUGGUAACAUUCAUGUGGACUGCUUUGUACACUGUGAAAUCCUCCAUUCCAGCCUGCGUAUUCUCAGUUGACUCCGGGCUGGGGGGAAGACUUUGCCAAAACAUUGAGACCAUUGUCAUCCUUGAAUUAACAGUCUGUCUUUCUUUUCAGAACAUCUGUCUAUAAAAUUCAGUUUUUAGUUUUGAGAAUCAUCCUUAAUGUUAGUGAAGCUCUUCAAUUAAUCUCUACUUGUUAUUCAAAUAACAUCACCACGUUGACAAAACGACUAGAAUGUGACUCUCAUGCGUAGUUAGUUAUGUUUCUUUUUUCAUUCCCUCUGCCCUUUGAAAUCACUGGCAUUAAAAAUGCCAUUCUUAGGUGUUUGGGGAUAUUUUUUUUCUGGCUUAGCUCAAAGAGCAAAUGACAGUAAUACUCUUUUUAGAAUAAUUGUUACAAUCGCAUAGCAUUUGUAAGCACUUUAUAUUUUGCAGAAGUUAUUUCAAGUAAUUUAUUAGUUGUAACUCACAUGAAAAACCUGAGAGAGAUCAGUAUGAUGAUGUCCAUUGGAGGCUGAGGAAGGCAAACCACUGAAGGAUCCCAUCACUCAUGGAUUAUGUGGGAUGUGGGUUAUAAAGCUAAGGCCAGAAAUCAGGUUUCCUAAAUAUUGAUCCUAAAAGGGGGGAAAAAAAAAACCUCUCCCCAAAAUCAAUAAGCCCACACUUUAUUUUUAUUAAUUAAUUUUCAUCCUAAGACUUUUAAAAAAUAAAUGCAACAUUUUGCACUCAAAUGACUGGUAUUUUACCCCAAGUAAAAGCCUAUAGGAUACCCAUUGAUGGAUGAAUCCUGAUAUUUCUUAUGGUGAGGGUAGGUAGAGGAAAUUUCCAUAGUUUGGAGAACAGAAUCCUCAUCCCGUUUCAAAAUAGGAACUAAAUUCCAAUUGGUAUAGAACAGCUACCAGAUCUUUUGAAUUUAAAUCACCCUUUCUCCUUUACCAACAUCAGUUCAUUUCAUGUAUAUGGGUGUAUGUAAAUAUUCCACACACACACUCUCACAGAUUCUAUUUACCCUUAACUUGGCAGGAAGCGGAGACAAGUUAAUAUAAUAAAUGGCAUCUCUUGAUCCAUCCCAACCAGGGUAGUCAUCGGAUUACUUCGAAAGUAGGGCAAUUAAAAUGUUAUCCUAUUUAAAGCAUGUCUAACAAUGGAGACAAGCCAUUGUUUGUGUUUUUCAUGUGCUAAGAGGUAGAGCAUUUAAAACAUAAACACUGACAUGCAGCCACUGGUAGAUGAACCAUCCAAUCUAUAUAGUCCCUGUGGGAUUGGCAUUUGGUAAUAAUGGGGGAGGGUCAGGUAAAGGAAUAAUGACACCAUCCUCUAUUUUAAAUGCUCGGAGAUGAACUGAACAAACCCUGUAGAAUCUUCCAAUUUAUUGGCCCAAUUUUCCUUCCUUAAAAAGGUAGGCAUUUAAAUUUAUGAUAGAAGAUUUAUGCUGGAAGAUCCUACCGUUAGAGCUAAAAAGAGGUUAAUGACCUAUAACUUUCCUAAAAUAUCUUAAUUCCUGUUGAACUGAUCACUUAAUAUGAAUGCAAUUCAGUGAAUUAGAAAGGAAAGCAUUUCAUAAAAGGUGACUGAAUUAUCUUUCAAUUUGAAAUGCAAUGAAAUUUCAUUUUAUAGCCCAUAAGUUCCCCACUUAACAUUUUCUCAUAAAGAAAUUGUCUAUUUUUUAAAGGCUAAAUUAAUUCAUAAUUUAGCGUGGCAUUCUCUGGAGAGAAGAAACAGCCUGGUAGAGUGGAUAGUAAGGUG